UGAAUGCUUUAAAUGCAUAUUGGGGCGCUGCACUAUCAAAUUCAUCUUACUCCUGUCGAAGUCACUAGAUACUAACCUAGUCAACAGAGAUAUUUUCUUAUAUCUUGACAAAACCUCUAUAAAGAAAGCCGAUAUCAUUCUCAAAGAUAUCAAACCAAUUCCAACUUUCUCCCAAACCAGAACAAAACCAAAUUUCAACAUGAAGAAGACCUACAAGUUUCAAACCCUCUUCUCUUCUCUCAUCUUCCUCAUAUUCCUCUUAACACUCCUCCUGUCGAUUUCAAGAACCAACGCCGUCAGCUCCGGUGGUGGCUGCCGACAUCCGCCAUCACAAAACAGCUGCAAGACAUGCAUGGCGGAGCAGACGAAAUACGACUGCCCUAAGUGCGUGCCGGUGCUCCGAUGCAUGGCUCGUUGCCUUUGGAGCGGUGUGUCUCAGAGGAAAUGCACCACCACAUGCGGCGUCGACACCGUCGCCAGGCCGUCGCUGCUGGACUGCAAACGCUGCGUUUCUAGGUGUAAGUGUAGCUGUGCGGCUUAGGAACUAAUCGACUUAGUACUCUCUUUUAUGUUGAAUAACGUGUUAAAUGUUAGAUCUUUGUCUUUUACGCUAUAUAUGUUGAAUGAGACCUAUAUACUAUAUAGUUCAUAUAUUGAUAUAUAAUCACAUAUC